AUGUCCCAUGCCCCAUGCGCUGACACUUGCAAAACGCAUGGAAACUGCCAAUUCAUAGUGAUGAGCGUUGGAAGAGCUGAUGAUGGCAUCCGCAAGGAUGGUCUGUCAUGGCUCGGGAUUUCGUGGCUUAUGCUUUCAGAUAUCGUGGGAACUUCCGUGUUGACGCUGAACGGCGUCGCCGUCGUGGACCCAGCUCGACUGGGCUUCGUGCUAACGGUGCUCUUCAUCUGCGGCCUGUUUCCCAUGGCUGUCUACACCUCCGUAUUGAUGAGCAGGACGCGGACAAUCCUGGAGAACUUGGGGGUGAAAGAACCCUUGGGAACCAUGGGUCAGGUUGCAGCAGCAGCAUUUCAGUCUGAACGAGCUGGUAGUAUCGUCACUCUGGUGGUUUAUGGCUACACCGCCCUUGGGCAAGCAUCAUACAUGUUGGUCCUCGGCACCACUUUGCAGCAGCUCUUCUACUCGAUGCCGCUGUGCUUGCCACUGGCGGUGUUGCUAUCUGUUCUGGCACUGCUCAUACCGACCUUUGGGCUGCGUAGGCUCAAAGAUUCAGUUGCGCUCUGCUUCUUCAACUCCAUGUUGAUUCUCGCGGUGAUCGUCAUCGCUUUGGUUCGCCUUGGCAUGAAUCGGCCAGACUGCAAGCACACUCACUUCUUCGAACCAGGUCUCAGCUUUUUGGUGGGCUUGGGUGCGGCGACCAACGUCGUGUAUAGCUUCAGUGGACAGUGGAUGUACUUUGAACUCAUCGAUACCAUGGCAGAACCCAAGGACUUUCCGAAGGCCUUCUUAGUCUCAGGCCCGUUCAUGUUGGUUACCUACCUGGCGGUGGCCUUGCUGGGCUAUUGGUUUGGUGCGGGCAAGAUGAACCUCAUCAACGGCAUGCCUCAUGGUCCCAUCUUGCAGGCCCUGACCUGCAGGAGAUGGUUCCUUUGUGUCCGUUUGUGCAUCUGGAGCUAUCUGAACGUGGCUUUAAGCAGGUUCAAUUCCCGAGUUUCGUGGAGGUGUCAACAGAUUUGUCCCACCUCAAGAUGGCGGUUUUUUGAACGUUCUUCCCAGGAGUUCCAGCUAUGCUCCCAUGAAUCAGUGGCCAUGAACAUCGGGAAUCAGGAUGAUCUCAUGUUUUUCGGGCAAAAGGUCGGCAUGAUGGUUCACAGUAUCCACUAUACAAUGGUAGAUGACUGCACAGAAGUUUCACAUAGAGCCCAUUGUAAUGGCAGGGAGUCGGUUCAAUUUCGUGGACCGCCAAAGCCGGUUCAAUUUCUCCGUCACCAAAAUAUGGUGAACAUGACCCAAGAAAGAGAAACAUGA